GAAUCCGGAAGACUGAGUAAAUAAAUAAAUAAGAACGGAGCUCUGAAUGAAUGAAUGAAUUAAAUGUUCCAGAGGAGGAGGUGGUGAGAACAUGGCAGAGAGAACAGGAGGAUAUGAGAGACAGGCUGGUACGGGAGGACACCGAGGCAUGGCAGAACGAUCCAGAGUUCAGUGGGCUGGUGAGAGUGGGUGGAGUCGACCUGUCAUUUAUUAAAGGAGAUGAAAAAAAUGCCUACGCACAACUCGUCAUACUCAGCUACCCCGACCUAAAGGUUCUGUAUAAGGUUGGUGAGAUGGUGUGUCUCAGCUCUCCAUAUGUCUCGGGUUUUUUGGGAUUCAGAGAAGCUCCACCACUGCUGCAGCUUCUAAAUAAACUCAGAGAAGACCAGCCUGAUCUAAUGCCACAGGUUUUGUUUGUGGAUGGAAAUGGAGUUUUUCAUUACAGAGAAUUUGGUCUGGCCUGUCAUCUUGGUGUGCUGUCAGAUCUACCAUGUGUGGGCGUGGCCAAAAAUCUGCUCCAGGUUCAAGGUGUGGUCAGGGAUGAUGGACACCUAGCACAGAUCAGUGCUUUAAGCAGAGCAGGGGAAAGUUUCCCUCUGAUUGCUGACUCUGGGAAAAUUCUGGGCCAGGCUCUCCGUAGUUCAGACCGCAGCACUAAGCCUGUCUAUGUGUCAGUGGGUCACCGUAUCAGUCUGGACACAGCCGUCCGUCUCACAUUUACCUGCUGCCACUACCGUGUUCCUGAACCUAUACGCCAGGCGGAUUUGCUGUCGAGAGAAUACCUGCGAACACACUUUCCCUCCUCCAGCUCCCCCUAAACACACACACACACAGGUUUCAGGUGUGGAGGAGCUGUGGGAGCUGAUGAUGAGGGAGACAGAAGAUACCUCACCAGUCUGUGUGUGUUUUACAAAUCAGGUUUUAAAUUUGUUUGUAUGUGCAAUAAAAGUGUGUGUGUGUGCGUGUGUGUGUGUGUGUGUGACAGAA